UCUCUGGAUGAAGAUUCCAGAUUCCACAUAGUAUCCAUCAUCAACACCGCUACAUUUGCCUUCUACAUAUUUUACCUGACCCAUAAUCUCGUUGGCCGUUCCGGUUCUGUUGACGAGCACCAUGGCAAAGAGCGUCCGGGCGAGUGUUACCAAGCGCAAUAGAGCUAAACUCCGAGCCACAGUCUUCGGACCAGCUGUUGAUGCAAGGACCGAAAGACUUUCUGCGAAGCUGCAAGAGCUAGCUUCUCAGCCUCGGCCGAACGAGGAGAAGUCAAGCAUGGAACUGGAUGAUGCAACCACAAACAACAACAGUGACAAAGAAGCUAGCAACGCAUUGAAUUCCACUGGAGAUAUGGAUAUCGAUCAAGGAACUGCUAAGGGUGGCCGUGCUCACACCAGGAAGUCGGGACGAAUUCAGAAACGUCAUAAGAAAGCCCGCUCGUCCAUCGUUUUCCGUCCUCAUCCAUCAAAGGUCAAAGGAAAUACUAAGAGACGGUGAAACGCGUGGCGUGUUUUGCUUCAUUUAUGGUGAAAUAGUCGGGCCUCUGUUCAAUUAUGGAGUUUGGCGUUCUGUGGGAGAGGUGGCCAUAUAACUACCACUGUCUUGGUUGUUUCUGCUUCCCUGUGGCAUUUUAGGAAAGGAAGACCGGACCGAAGUCGAGCGAUAUCAUCUGUGGAUGCUUUCACGCAUCUAAUCCCCUGUAUCUCAGCCGUAGAAAGUUUAUAUGAACAUAGUCUUAGCUUCGUCAAGGCCAAUUAGUAUAUGGCUACCAUUUAUCUCGAAGCGGGUGCUCAAGACUUCCGCUGAAGACCUCAAGGAAACAUCAUCUGCC